CAAUACAGUUUUAUCAUCAUAAAAUCUUAUAACAUUCAAAAAAAUAUACUUGAAUAAACCGCGAGUGUUUCUAAUAAUAUGUGAUUGUAAUUGGCGGUUUCACAAACGAAGAGCCUUUACAUUGUUUCAUCAGAGAUUAUCAUAAGAUAACUAUUAUAGUAUUGUUUUUUAUAUGUCCACGACAAACCAAAUUACAUUGGUCAUAAGCAAUGGAGAGAACUUUAAAGGAUAAUAUUGACAAUUCUUCAAGUCGACAAAGUAAUGGAUCAUCACAAUCUCGCAUUUCUCGUAAAAACCAACUACAAUUGGAAUCUAAAUACAAGCUGAUGAAUGACGAGAUACGACGACUAAAAGAAUCUGGAAUAAAUUCAAAGGAAGUGACAGAGAAAUCAAAAUUACUUAAAAAGAAACUAAAGCUAGCCAAUGAACUCUCAAAGACCGCUUUUGAUUCUGGAUCUCAAAGAUGUAUUGAAUAUGAUGCUGAAUACUUUUUUAAUGGAUCUGAAGUUAAUCAUCUUGUUGUUAAAUCACUUCAAGUUGACAGUCAAGCCUUUGAUCCUUUGUUUUUUGCUGAAAAACUAAGGACUUAUAUUGCACCAGAUACAAGAAUAAGAGAUGAUACAAUUGACGAAAAUGAACUUAAAAUUGAAGACUUUGUUGAUCUUGGAAAGAAAUGUGCUUAUUUAACCAACUCUGCGCCAAUACUCAAUUAUUUAUAUGGAUCAUUUGACCCAGGUGAAGUUAUUAUACCAACUAAACAAAGACGAGUUGGUAUCCGUAAUAUACUUGCAGAUCCCAAAGAAGAGGCUAAAAAACCUAAUUCAAAGGAAGGUAUUGAUGAAAGUGAUGAUCUUAAAAAUGGUAAAGAAGUUGAACGAGUUUAUAAGGAACUGUAUGAUAUGUACAAAAAAGAAAAAGCUCCGAUUCAAUAUUUCAAAUCGAUUGUUAAACCUGAAUCAUUUUGUGAUACUGUGGAGAGUAUAUUUUAUUCUGCUUUUUUAAUCAAAGAAGGAGUACUUGCUGCUAAAGAAUCAAAAAUUUCUGAUGACCAAUAUGCUGCUUUUAUUGAACCACAAGAUCCAGAAGAAAUUGCAAAAUGUCAAGAAAAAAAGAGAAAGAGUAAAAGUAGAAAUAAUAAUGAACAUAGUGAUUCAGAAGAAAAUUCAGAAGAUGAAGAUGCAGAUGAAGAUGAAGAAGACGAAGAAUCAUCAUCUAGUCAUCAAAGUAUUUUAUCUUUCUGCAUGAAUGAUUGGAAAGCUUGGACUAUCAAUUGAUAUUCAAACAUAAAUA